UCACAGAAGCCCCUCCUGUAAGCGAAAGCGCGGGCUGUUGUCAAACACCCUUGACGUGGAUGUCGUUAUUAACGGUCUACGGUAAACACGGGAGCGAGCGCGCUCUGCGCGGGAGGUGAGUGACGUCACGGCUCCCGAUGGACGUGGACGUGCUGGAGUUCCGGGUUCCUGUGGAGAAAAAUAAGUGCCUGUUCGUGUGGGAUAUCCAGCCGAACCGGAGCCAGGCCCAGAUCCACGUGGAGCUGCACGCUGUGUUCUCGUCCUUUGGGCCCCUCUACCUGCUGAAGGUGACCCCCACUGCUCGACCGCAGCCCCCCGGCUUCUUCGCUCUCAUCAAGUUCUACUCGGCUGCCCACGCCGCGGAGGCGCAGCGCCGCACCAACGGUCAGCCGCUGCUGAACAGCCCUGCCUUAAAGGUGAAGCUGAGCUCCAGGCACACUCUGUCCCUGUGUGGGCGGGCCAUACCUCUGAGCCACAGCCGCUGCCUGGACCUGGCCAAUCACUACUUGGGCUUCAAUGGUUGGACCUCUGACAUCAUCACUCUGAAGGAGUUGACUGAUGAUGACGAGGAGGAGGAAGGCCCAGAGGGUGGAACCGGCUGCAGGACGCUGCGCUUUGGCUGCGUGAUGCGCCUCUCCUUCCCCCAGCACGAUCUGACUACGCAAGGCUCUGCAGUGGUGGAGGACAGCUUCACCUGCACAGGUGCAGCUGAUGUCCUGCAGAGGCGCUGCAGGCUGCAGAGGGCGGUGCGGGAGCGAGCGCUGGUCCAGGCCUUCAGCUCUGUGUUACUCCUACUGUUAGGCGGUGGGAAGCUGAUGGUGGCGGUGAAACAGAGUCCAGAUUGGACACAGCCUGAAGGUUCUGACGGAGUUCUGCAGGUAAACGAGGCUUCCUUGCCGCGAUGUCCUGCUGAUGAAGAGGAGGCUGAAGAUGAGGAGUGGGACCUGACGGUGUUCUGACAGUUUUAAUAAAGGUCCAAACAAUCGUCCACACUCUGCUGUAUGCUUGAUCCUGGAAGCAGAUCCAUGAUCCGUCCCUCCAGGAUUUCAUGUUGGAAACGCAUAAUAUACCAGCACAGCAACUUUCUUUAGCUCAACUGAUAUCAUUGUUUUUAUCUGAAGAUACUUUCAGAUAUUUGUUUGAGUUACGUUUUAUUUGAAACUUUGUUUUUCUAGUUAAAUUCAACUUGAAUAUGAUGUUGGUCUUUUUGUAUGACAUGUAUUAAAUUGUAAUGGUU